GAGAUUUCCCCUAUGGCCGACGAUCGUGUUUGGAAAGCGAGAACGAAUAUAUUUACAACAAAGAGUGCGAGAUAUUGGCUUCGUGUAACAGUCAAGUAAGAUAUAUACAAUUUACAAUGAACUAUUGUCAAUGCGCUAACCAUUAUUGUCUUUGAAGAACUAGGGCAUCCGAGGAAAUCGUAGAGAGCAGGGAGGCACCCAGCGAUCGACGCCGACAGUCAAGCUCGGCGUGAAGAGGCGACCCAUGUUCUGCAAUCACCUCAGGCCCGCCUGGAUGUGUCAGCUAGCGAGUCGUUGACCGAGCAAAGCCGGGACCAACAGAUCGACAUGGCGGAUUUCUACGACCCAGCAUGCCCAACAGAUGACCCUGUGGAGGGGGAAGUUGAUCCAGCUGAGAGCCCUACCAAGCUGCUGAGCAUCUCACUACCUCGAGUCCAGUCUCCCACAACACCAGGACAAGCUGCUGACCACAAAGUUCCUCUACCUCCCACCCGGCAGCAGCAGACCACAGCAGAUACAUGUCUUGAUCCCAUACCACUAGGAAAAACAUCAACACAAUGUCAUAGUAGUAAGAUGCUUCCAGAUGUACCAUUGCCCAACACGCUGAACAUUAACCUAGAUGACGUACCUCUUCCACCAAUGCCACCAGCAGAACCUUCCUCGCCACAAAGCAAAAGCAGAGGGAAAAAGCGGAAAAAGAAAAAGCAUGGAUUUUCAGAACAUGAGCCUCCACCACCUCCACCUGUGUCACCUCGUAGAACCCGACAGCGAUCCUCCUCCCGGACAUCCGAACCGUCAGGCGAGUCCGAAGGAACUCCUCCCCCACCACCACCUCAAAUGGAAUCAGUCCAUCCUCCACCUGAACCUGAACUGUCUCAUGCUCAGAAGUUGUUGAACAAAUUUAGUGGCCAGACUUCUGCAUCAACAGAUGCAGGUAAAAGUACGUCUUCUGGAGCAAAGCUGCUAAACUUUGCUUUAGCUUCACCACCUGCUGGAAAAGGUAAAAUCUCUUUCCAGAUCAAACCAGCAAAGAAAUCUGUUUUUUCCUCUGAUGAUGGCGAUGAAGAUGAUGAAGAAAGUAGUGAAAGUGCUGUGACACCUGUUAGAUUCAAAGUCAACAAAAAACAGAUGUUCCGACCAGAUGCAGAGGGGCCAUCUGAAUCACAGAAGAGUGCAGUUCAAGCAUAUGUAAGAGGGAAAGGAGGGUUAAAGUUCUGUACUGAAGAAGACAUUGCUAGUAUAGUAAGGUGUGGUUUUAUGUCUGCUGAGGAAGUACAAAAACUCAAGUUAGAGCAGGAGAAGAUAGAGAUUGUCCAAAAGUUAGAAAAACUUACAGAGGCACCAAAAACCAUUGAACCUGAAAUUAGAAGAUCAAGACGUUUAAGAGAUAGAUCCCCAUCUCAAGAAAGAAGAAGAGAAAAGGAAAAAGAAAAAGAUGAUAGGUCAAGGCGAUCAAGAAGUGAUAGGUCAUCAUCAAGGGAAAAAGAUCGAGACAGAAGUAGAAGGCGAUCACAAAGUGAGAAAUCCCCAGUGCGAGAAAAGCAUUCUUGUAGUGACAGAUCAACUUCAUCUGAUCGGGGUAAAGAAAGAUCCAGCAGAAGAAGAAGUAGUCGUUUAUCUUCACAUGAUGAGGAUGUGAAAUCGUUAAGGAGUAUGUCCCCUGAAGAAAGAAGAGCUAGAAAGGAGAGGUCUCCUGUUCAUGAACAAGAAAAAAUGAAGACUGAUGAUGACAAAGAAGCAACCACAUAUGUGAAGACACUAAAGGGAGCUGAGGUUAAACUGAAUUUAGUGAGAUUAGAAGAUAUGGAUGAAAGCGUCAUUUCUCCUGUCAAGAAAGGAAGUGAAAUUACAUUGGAAAAGCAAGAUCAAGAAGAGGAAAUAAGACAGGAAAAACAGGAAAGCUUACCACUUGCAGAUGAUCCUCAGUUAAAGAAACAAAGAAAAUCCAUAACCUACAGAUCCCCUUCUUCAGAGAUGGAUGAUGCUGUUGCUGAUAAUGGUGUUCAUCCCACGGUGGGUAUGUCACCGUCUGAAACUGUGCUGACCGACUCCACACAUCAGACCAGCAUGGCAGUAAAGGUUGAAGGUGCCACAGAGAUGUCAGAGGUAGAUUUGGCAGCAGACUUAAUGAAGGACAAAUUGAAACAGGAAAGGGGUAUUGAGGAGGAGAAAGAUAUACGAAAAAGACGCCUUCUCAGAGAUUCUUCAAAAUCUCCUGAAAUUAAGCCACUUCCUAAAAAGUCAAAGUGGGAAGAUUCUCCAGAAAGGCUUCCCAAGGAAUAUGGUAAGCAAUCAAGAUUAAGUAGGACAAGCAAGUUAUUAGAGGAAGAGAAGAAAGUUGAGUCUCCUGAAAUGGAGUGUGAACCAAGCAGAAGGCGUUCCAGUAGAGGAAGGUCUAGGUCCGGAGAUAAGGGGACACUUUCAGAAUCUAGGAGGAGGGAGGUAUCAGCUGAGAAAUCGAGGGAUAUAGAUGAUAGAAAAACACGACUGAGGACGGAUAGCUCUGAGUCCAAGGAUAAUGACCGUUCAAAACGCCGACGAAGUAACAUUUCACCUGAAAAGUUAAAGGAGAGGCAAACAAGAUCUCAUAAAGACCGGUCAUUGUCUAAGGAUAAGAACGAAAGAGAUAAACUUGACUCUGAAGAGAAGGAUGUUAAGAGAAGACACUCAGGAAGAGACCGGUCAUUAUCUCGUGAGAAAGAAGAGAUUUCUGAAGAGAUCACACACAAGACUGCACAAACAAAGAGUCAGCAUAUAUCACCUGACACUGAAGUUAUUUCCAAAAGUACUGACACAGAUGAUAAGGAAAAGGACACUUUAAAAUCUAAGGAGAAGAACCUUUCUGAAAUACCCAAAUUAAAGUCAUUGCAUGAUAAGUUGCCUUCAGCUGCCAUCAAUGAAGAUAGCCAAAAGAAAGUGCAAGCGCAGUACCAAGAGGCUAAUGUAUUUCCUAGCCGGUCAAGAUGGGAUUCACCUGAAAUGAUGGAUGAAACUCACAAGAUCAAAGAUACUGUGGAUAUUGAGUGUCUUGUACGAUCCAAGUGGGACUCCCCAGAAAAAUCUGAUCUUGAUAGGAGGAAAGAUAUGGACAAUUCAAUGAUUGUGUCAGCAAUUAGAGAAAGCGAUGGUCAGUUAGGAAAAGGCUCUAUAGGUAAAACCAUAUCUGACAGUUUGGAUGUUGUUAGCAAGGAAAUUAAAACCUCAGAAGAAGUAAACUGGCAGGUGACUCAAGAUUCCAGGUUCCGUUCCAAGUGGGAUUCCUCCCCAUCUGAUGAUGAAGUAUUGACCAUUCCAGAAAGAUCCAUGUGGGGAACUCCACCAAAAGAAGAGCAUGGGUGUGACACGCUGUAUGUCAGUAAUCAGUAUUCAGUUCAUCAACCUGAAACCAAAUCACACUCAAGGAUUAGCACAUCACCAUCUCAGGAGAAAUUUUCAUUAUCGCAUAAAAGCAAACAAAGGCAAUCACAAAGCCAGGAAAAACUUGUUCAUAGAAAGUCAGUUUCUCCCUCUAAAGUAAAAGUUGAGAGAAAGUUUACAGACACAAUUGUAACUGAGUCACCUGAUUCAGCAACUUCAUUUCCCAUCAAAGAGUUUCCAAUUGUUGGCUAUGAGUCAUCACCAGAGAUUUCUCAAGUAGGUGAUUGUCUCCUUGAAAUAUCUGAACCUUCAAAAUCCCUUUCUGUUGUUGAAAAAGAGGCCAGUACAGUAAAAAGUGCAACAUCAGAUGCUGUAAUGCAAGUGACCAAAAGUGAAGAGGGUGAGAAGAGGAAGGAUGCCUCUGGAGACAGCAAUCUGGACAAGUGCAAAAAGCGGGUUACCAGUGAUGAACAAUCCAGGGCAAGAGAGGGUAGCUGUGAGAUGACAAAACGAGAUGGCAGUUCUGAGAAACAAGGAUCUAAGAGGAGGGAUGGCAGUGAUGACUCCCGGAGGAGUGCAGAUAGGGGUGGAUCCAGAAAGGAUGAUAGCUCAGAAAAAAGAAAGUCUCGUUGGCAAGAUGACAGUUCUGAGCUGUCAAAGCAUCGGAGACCAGGGGACAGCAGUGAUAGAUCUAGGAAAAGAGGUGACAGUUGUGAAAGUCAGCAAUCAAGGCGAAGGGAUGAUAGUACAGACAGGAGUAGGUCACGAAGGAGACUGGAUGAAAGUUCUGAACGAGUCAAGUUGAGGAGAAGAGAUGAUAGCCAUGACAAAGACAGAUCCUCUAGAAGAAGAGAUGACAGCUCCGAGAGAGAUCGGUCUCGUCGGAGAGAAGAUAGUUCAGAAAGAAGUAGAAGCCGUAGGGAUAACAGUUCAGAGAGAGAUCAUCGCUCACGACGCCGAGAUGAUAGUGCCGAUCGCUCACGCCGACGUGAUGACAGUGCUGAUCACUCACGCCGACAUGAUGACAGUGCCGAUCACUCACGCCGACGUGAUGACAGUGCCGAUCGCUCACGCCGACGUGAUGACAGUGCCGAUCGCUCACGCCGACGUGAUGACAGUGCAGAUCGUUCACGGCGACCUGAUGACAGUGCCGAUAGGUCACGCCGACAUGAUGACAGUGCUGAUAGGUCACGCAGACGUGAUGACAGUGCCGAUAGGUCACGCCGACGUGAUGACAGCGCUGACAGAGACCGUAGAAGGCGAGGAAGUAGUAGUGAUAGAAGCAGAAGGAGGGAAUCUGAUAGACGAAGAGACUCCAGUAGAGAUCGAUACUCUAGAAGGCGGGACGAUUCUCCAGAGAGGGACAGGUAUAGGAGGAGAGAAGAUUCAGCUGAUAGAGAGAGGUUAAGAAGGAGAAGAGACUCACCAGACAGAUCUAGGAGGGACAGAGAUAAGAGAGAAACCGACUCAAUGGGAAGAAUGUAUCGAUCAAGAAAAUAUUCUCCUGAUAAACCGAAAGAGAUUUCUGAUCUGAAAACAUCAUCAGAGAAGAAGGUGAUUCCCAAACCAGUAAUAGCUGCUGAACAUGUAAUUGAUCUUAAUGAUAUUCCACUACCUGAUAUUCCUCUCCCUGAUGUUCCUGGCUCUGCGUUACUGCCAGUCGUGGCAACACAGGACACUGCAGAGAUGCCUGUUGUUAAUGCUACUGAUAGCAAGGUGGAAUCAGCCAAUUUGAGACAGGACAACUACUCCAGUGAUGACAUGGACUUGUGUGAUGAGGAAGAAGAAAACUCAAUAGAAACAUCAGUUGUGCACCAAACAGUACCGGUAUAUGAUAAAGGUGAAAUGGGUUCAUCAAGUGUGUGUCUUCCAAAAGUUCAGUCACUGGGAGCAGAAGAUACAAAAGGUAUUCCUAAAUUGGAGAGUUUAAAUCAAGUUCAAAUGGAGCAAACCAAAACAGAAAAGAUCAAAUUUUCUCUCAGUUUUGGAAAACCCAAAGUCCUUCCAACAAAGAAGAUUGAAAGUGUUCUGGAUGAUGAAGAAGACACUCAAUGCAAGAGGCAAAAGGAAGAUUUUGUCAUUGCAAUAUCAGAAAGUGUACAGACUGAAUCUUUCAAGCCUAUGAAUCGACCGUCUAAGUUUUCUAAUCUCAAGUUAAACCUUUUAACAAAGAAAGAACCCACAAUACCCUUGGAAGGCAUAGGCUUUGAGGAUUUUCCAAAGUUAAAAGAUAUCAGCUCAAAAGCUCCAGUUAAGAUAUUGACUAGGUCAAGAUCUCGGGAAGUUGAAUCGCCAACUGAGUCAAGUGAAAAAUCUUUAAGGAAACCUGUGAAUACAGAGAGACAAAUUCUGGAGAAGAAAUCGAAGAUAGAAGUGGCUGUUGACAAUAAAUACCAUACUGAAAAGGUUGACAUGGUUUCCACAGUGAUGUUUUCUGGUGUCAAAAGCAGUUCACAAGCAGCUCCUGAUAACUCUGUGGUAUCUUCUAAUUCUUUCAAAGAUGUGCCAAAGCAGUCUGAAUUUCAAGAACUACAUCAUGCAGCAGAUAAUGUACCAAAUCUCCCUACAUCCUCUCUUGAUGAGAGAGCAUCUGAUCCUCCUGUUGACAACUCAGGUCAAACUCAGCAAUACCCAACUGCCCCAAUCCCACAGAUUCAUGAACAUCAGCCUGAAGAUUCUGUUAAAUAUUCCCCUAUUCCAGAACCUUCACUCAAAGACUUCAUGCCUGUUCCAGAACUAAAAGUAGACCUGUCACCUACAGAGAAAGCCCCCCCUGAAUCAUUUGAAAUACAGGAUGAUGCAAGAGAUGAACUAGAAGCUUCAAAGCCUGUACUCACAUUGCCAACUGGCGAAGUUACCAACAAGUCAGCCAUAAAUAUGCCUUUAAGGUGUAAAGAUAUCUGCCCUCCACUUCAAAGUGAUGCAUCUGAACUACUUAUUGAAGACACACGGGCAGAUAUGACAGAAAUGGUUCUCCGUUUAAGUACGGAGGAGAGAAAGGGCAAUGAUCCAGCCAUAGCUGUAACAGAUGGCAGUCAUAAAAUGGACAGUGAAGCCAAGUCAGAAGAUAUCUGUCAGUCAGAGACUAAGCCUGAAACUGUUGACAUUGAACCAGCUUAUGGGAAUAGCAGUACAAAUAUAGAAUCGAAACAAAUAGCACAUGUGUCUGCUGUCCCCGAGAUGGAUGAAUCCCAGGAAGCUUCUGCUUAUGAAGACACAGUAAGUCCUGGUGAUGGGGAAGACAUUGUGCCAGCAAACACUGAACAGUGUGACAUAGUGGAUGUGGCACAUGACAAUCGUGCAGGAGGUGUCAAGUGUGCAGUGACAGAGAACGUUCAACUGGGUGAGGAAUCAGAGAAGGUUGAGUCAGAAAUUUCAACAGCAACACAGGAAACCAAGGCAGAGACACAGUCUGUAAAGGAUGAGGAAGCACAGAAGGAAGAACAGGCUGUAACUACAGCAGAGGAGCCAUCACCUGGCACCCCAACUGAGGACAGUAUAGGAGAAUCUAAGGUCCAACCAAGAAGAAGCAGGCGCCUUAAUGCUAAUAAGACCAUGCCGGAGGAAGAGCCAAGUAAAAAAUCAGGGAAUCAGAAACUUGUGACAACUGAAAAACAAAAGCCUGAGCCGGUUGAGGUAGAUGAACCAUCUGCUGAGGCAGAGGCAGAGGCAGAGGCGGAAGCAGAGUCAUUGACACCACAACGCAGACGUAGUGGCCGCCUUCAGAAGAAACAAGUAGAUGUUCCCUCAGAGUCAGAACUGAAACCAAAGGGUAAAGGGGGAAAGACUGGGAAAUGUGAUAAAGGUGGAAAGAAGGUCAAAACUGCAAAAGUUGAAGAAGAAAAACCAGAAGAAGUAGAGAAGAGUGAUCUUGUUCAACAAGAUGUUAGCGAGAAAGACUCUUCUACACCUGAGUCUACCAAGGAGGAAUACAUACAAAUUGUUGAAAGAGUUCCACAACUUCCUCAGCUCCCUGAAAGGGUUGCCCAUACAUCUGAGGUGAAGGCUUUGAGUAUCAAAGAGACAAUAAUGAAUAAGUUGCAGGAAGAGAAAGAAAAGUCGGAGAAAGAAGAUAAGGAAAGGAGGGAACUUGAAGAAAAGCAGAAAGAAAUUGAGUUGAAGGAAAAGAAAGAGAAAGAGGAAAGGGAGAGGAUAGAACAGGAGGAAAGAAGAGAAAGAGAUGAAAGAGACAGAAAGGAAAGAGAUAGACGUGAGAGAGAUCGGGAACGAAGAGAAAGGGAUGACCGUGACAGACGAGACAGGAGGAGGCGACAUGAUGAUGAUCGCAGCUACAGAGACAGAGAUCGUGAGAGAGACAGGGACCGUGACAGGGACCGUGAUAGAGAUCGUGAUAGAGAUAGGGACAGGGAAAGGGAUAGAGACCGUGAUCGGGACAGAGAUAGGGAUCGAGAUGACAGGAGGAGGAGAGAUCGAGAUGACCGUAGUCGCAGAGAUGACUACAGGUCUAGAGACAGGGAUGACAGGGAUCGAGAACGUUCCUACAGAUCAAGGAGAAGAUAUGAUGAUGAUUAUGACAGGGACAGCCGAUCUCGAUCACCAGAUGACAGAAGAAGUGAAAGGAGCCGGAGAGAUGACAAGUCAGAACCUGAUUAUAAGUCAGAUGAUUCAUCAAUGGCAGCUUCUCAGGGAUUUCUGCCAAGCUCAGGAGAUUCUUCUAGUCCAAUAAAACCAGAAAAGGUGAAGUCACGUUGGAGGAGAACUAGUGAAGCUGAGCGUAUGGCUGAAACCAUAGUUCCAAUGAAAAGUCUUAAAGACCCCACAGCCUAUGCAGCCAAAGCCUUAGACUUUGAUCCAGCAGCAUUCCCACGAUCUUCAUCUGCAAAACAGGGUGACUUGUCAAAACUGCAUCAUGAACCUCAUCCAGAUAUGUAUCCAUCUCUAAAAGGUCUUUACCGACCCUCAGGGCAGCCUCAGUAUCCAGGAGCAGCAGAACUGCUUGCCACCUAUGCUGGACCACCUAGUUCUACCUCGGCUAUUGCACCUCAAGUCGCUGCUCCUCCUCCUCCUCCACCCCAGGAGGUCUACCCUCCAGGAUCAGGCCCUGUCACUACAUUCCAACAAGACCAAGGUUUUCCAUCCACCUGGCCCUCGCCACCACCACUACAUGGCGUUCAGCCACCUCCAGUGCAUGGGUCUGUUCCUGGGGCUCCACCACCGACAGUCCACCCUUCUUUGGUACAUGGUGUGCAACCACCCAUUCAUGGCAUACCACCACCAAUAGGCAUUCAACCACCUCCACUUCAAGGCAUACACCCUCCAUCUUUGCAUGGGAUUCUACCACCCCCUGUUCAAGUCAUUCAGCCACCUCCUGUUCAAGGCAUUCCUUCCAUACAUAGCAUUCAACCACCUCCAGUACAUAGUAUACCUCUGCCUGACAUCUCAACACCACCAGGUCCACCCCCAAGUCACUUAUCUGCUCACAUACCCUUACCAGUGGGUAUAAAACCACCGGCACUGCCUGUGCAGCCACCACCAGAGUUUACUGGGGAGCCUCAUGCUUUAAUGCAGAACAAUCCCAAUCAGGCUACAGAGGUGGAGGUAGAAUAUCCUCCUCCUGUUCCAGAACCUGGACCAGGGGAUUCAUUCUUGCUGCCCCCUACUAAGCCAACAGAAAGGCUUGUACCAGGGGAAGCCUUCCUUUCUCCGAACCUAGCCUCUCGAGUUCUUGUGGCAGUCAACACCACAGUCCCAACAAAUGAAUCAGGGAAAAUUAAAUGUGAAACGGAUCUGGUAGAGGACAAUUUCAACCAGAAUGCAUUAUUGCCUGAUAAUGUAUGUAUGGAAGAAAAGCCAACAAGUGUCGAUAAACUGUCAGGGUUUGAAGCUGAAUCAACAUCAGUUUCGUUGGGGACAAUUGUGAUGCCAGGGGAAGAGCCUACAAAGCUGCUUAAAGAAGCUGUGGAGAAGCAGAAACCAGAGGAGGUGAAUGAGGAAUCAAAAACAUACCCCUACUUUGAGCCGGUGGAUGAAAACAUCUACCUCACUGAAAGGCGGAAAUCCAAGAGUAUGCGUCGAAUGGUGUGCGAUUGUACCACUUCUCGAGAGGACCGAGAGAUGGGAUAUGAUGCUUGUGGGGAAGACUGUCUCAACAGAAUGCUUCUGAUAGAAUGUGGCUCCCGUUGUGCCUGUGCUGAGUAUUGUGACAACAAGAGGUUCCAGAGGAAAAUCUAUGCGGAUGUUGAUCCCUUCAAUGCAGAAAGUAAAGGCUGGGGCCUCAAGGCCAAUGCAGACCUGGAAGCGAGCACUUUUGUGAUGGAGUAUGUGGGUGAAGUCCUGGACUAUCGUCAGUUCAAGAACCGCACCAAGCAGUAUGCUAAGAACAGCACCACCCACUUCUACUUUAUGGCCCUGAAUGCAGACGAGGUGAUAGACGCCACGUACAAGGGCAACAUCUCCAGGUUCAUCAACCACAGCUGUGACCCCAACUGUGAGACGCAGAAGUGGACGGUGAAUGGUGAGCUGAGGAUUGGGUUCUUCACUCGACGGGCAAUUGCAGCAGAUGAGGAGCUGACUUUUGACUACCAGUUCGAGAGAUACGGUGAGAAUGCACAGAAGUGUUACUGUGGGUCUGACAAUUGCCGAGGGUUCAUCGGUGCAACCAAGGCAACCCCUGUGAAGAAGAAGAAGGACAAGGUUGUUGACAAGAAGAAGAAGGAAUUGUUUGAAGAUGAAUCACUGGAGGAGGAGUUGGAGCGCAUGCAGCAACAGGGCCUGAAGAACAAGGACCAUGUGCUGUCCCUGUGUCGGCUCAUGGUCAAGGUCGAGGAGUGUGAGCACCGCAAGGUCAUCCUCAGGAUACUCCAGGACACCCAGGAGCCAGCAUGUCUGAGACUGUUCCUUGACUACCAUGGCUUGCCUCUGCUGUGGAGCUGGAUGGCUGACUCGUCUCAGGAGGAUGAGGAGCUCAAGUUCCUGAUAUUGUUCACAUUGAAGUCCUUGCCCAUCAACAAUAAAACAGUUUUAAAGGAGAGCAAGAUUUUGACUGUUGUGAGUCAGCUAGCAGAGUUGGAGUCGACGCCAGUGAAGUCUGAGGCAGACUCUAACACCAACAGUGAUGUUCUCCCCCUCCCAUCCACUACCUCAAUACCUGUUUCUAUCCUGGCAUCCACCAAAGAUAGCAAGGACAAGCACAAGAAAAAGAAGGUGACCUUUGCUGAUGAGGCCACCAGUUCAGAUAGUGACAUCUCUGAUUCCAGCAAGAUCACUUCCACUCAGCCGGAGUCUACAGCAGCGACAGAGUCUGGGUCGGAUUCUUCAGGAGCUACUGGAAGCUUCUUGGACAUUUCUUUCAAAGAAAUAUCAUAUUCGGAUGGGUAUGUGGACUUUUCAUCUGAAGGUAAAGAAGCAGGUGGGGAAACUGAAAAAUCCAAGAUUGUGUCACCUCCGCAAGAUGCUGAGGCAACAGGGAAGGAGGCAGCUGUGGUUGAUGCUGCAGAUAGUUCUCAGGGAAGUGAUGAGAAGGACAAAGUCAAUAUCUCUAUUGAAGCAGAGAGCAGUGCUACGGACAUAUCUGAAGACAAGAUGGAAACUGAUGAGGCGAAAGGAAAUACUGAGGGAGAUGAAAAAGAAUCUGAACCUUUAGAGAGUGAUAGGAAAGACAUGGUCAUUAGUCCCAGUGAAGACAACAGCAAGUCAAGCACAGACAGUGACAGCUCCUCAAAGUCAAGCACGGACAGUGACAGCAAGGUCAAGGUUGAUGCAUCGUCUAGCAAACUUGAGAGUGAAGCUGCAGAGACCGAGAAUAGAGCAGUUGAGACUCAGAAUGAGGCAGCUGAAACCCAAAAUGAGGCUGCUGACAUCCAGAGUGAGGUGGUGCAGGCCCAGAGUGAGGCAGCGGAGAUCCAGAGUGAGGCACUUGAGGGAGAUGAGAAGAAAAGUCUGUCUAUCCUGGCCAUUGAGCUUUUGGAACAGUGGAGCGGCCUGAAGGAGCUUUUCAAGAUCCCUAAGAAGGAAAGAGAUGAGGAGAGGAAGAGGACAGAAAAAGAGCUAGAUGUUCAGUAUACUGAGCGGUCAAAUAGAAAAUCAGCGCCACCCUCCAAGCGUAAGCGGAGGCGAGAUGACACCUCAAGCCCCUACAGGAGCAGGAAGCCAUUGCUGCCAACUCCCCCAGAGAUGACCAAGGAGGAGAGGCGCCAGCUGUUUGAGGCUCAAGUCCGGGCUCAGGAUGAGAUGAAUGCUGAGAUACGGCGACAGCAGGAAGAGUACUUGCAAGCCAGAUAUGCAGAGAAUCCCAACUACGACCCAAGAUAUGACCCUAACCUGGCCCAGUAUUAUCAGCAGGAGCAAGACCCCAAUUUCCCACAAGACCCCAGUUUCCCACAAGACCCCAGCUUCCAACCUCAGGAUCCCAGCUUUCAAUAUACACAAGAUCCCUCUAUGCCACCAGGUAGUGUUACCAAGACAACACCUCCAGCAGGUCACAUGGCCGACCUUGACACUGGGUCCAGCCAAGCAGGUCAUUACCCUGGGAUGGAGGGGGUGGCUUCGGUACUCAACUACCCCAACAUGAUGGACCCCAGCCAGGCACAGCAGUACGCAGACCCCAGCCAACCCCAGGUGAUGUAUCAACAGCAGCAGUACCAGGCUACAGCUGGUGUGAUUGCCCAGUCCAGCGUUGCUUCAGUCACCGACCAAACCAUCCAGGCCCAGCAGGUCUUCUACGCUAGCACACCCAGCACAGCUGUACAGCCAAGCAUCGUCCCAGUGGCGGACCCUAAUGUUGUGGCACAGCAGGUGCAGCAGCUACAACAGCUGCUGAGUCUCCAACAGAACCUGGUCUCGCUGACUCAGACCCAGAAGGAUGAAGAGGACCCUCCACCACCUCCAUCCAAGAACAGCUCUGGCCUGCCCCCGCUAUGGAAGUCAGCCACUGACAAGGAGGGCAACGUCUACUACUACCAUUCAAAAACAAAACAAACCCAGUGGGAUCCACCAACAUGGGAUCUGGUGCCUGAAGACAACAUGGAAGUUGACUCUCCAGCAGAGAAAGAACCUGAAGUGAAGACGUCCAAAAAGAAGACAACCACGGCCGCAGCUGACACGUCCAGUGAGGUGGCCAAGAAGAUCAAAGACCAGUUCAGACAAAAGAUGUCACAGCUGAUUGUGAGCUGCCUCAACCCUUACCGCAAGCCAGACUGCAAGGCAGGGAGAAUCUGCUCAACCGAUGACUUCAAGCACCUGGCUAGGAAGCUGACACAUCACGUAAUGGCGAAAGAGCUGAAACAUUGUCGUCACGUGGAAGACCUCGAAGUCAAUGAGAAUGUCAAGGCCAAGGCAAAAGACUACAUUAAAAAAUACAUGGACCGAUUUCCAUCUGCCUACAAGAAAGAUGAUGACUCUGAAUAUUGUACUUAAACUUGCUAGGCUACCUAGCUGUGUUUAGUUGCCAUUGUAUAUAUCGUGUGUGUCAUUCCCUUGACUGUUGGUGUAUAUAUUGUGUGUGUUGCCCUCUUUUCAUCUGUCAUUGUAUAUAUUGUGUGUGUUGCCCUGCCUUCAAUUGUUGAUGUAUAUAUCAUGGUCAUGCCCUCUCUUCAUCAGUCAUUGUUUAUACCAUAGAUGUGUAGAAGGUACUGUGUGGCAGGGAGAGUGUGUGUGUGCGUGUGUGUGUGUCUGCUAAUCAGGGCUAUGUAUAUACAAUAAUGACAUACAUGUAUCAGAAGGCGGUUAUAUCAUCCAGGGAUAUAUAGUGUUUUAGGUGUUUUUGCGCUUUCAGUUGAAUGUAUUUAUCCUAUUUGAAAAAGUGAAGUCAUGUGACCUACUUUUCUAGAGCAGCUAUCAAUAUUAUCUCGAGUUUGAAAUACAUAGGGAGUCCGAUGCUAACCCUCAUCGCUGUGACAUCGGUGCUGAAUUUCUUAUAUUACAAGUCAUGAAGAAUAGAUAAAAUCUGCAAGGAACUGUUAUGUUUUUUUAUGAUCAAUCUGUUAAGAUAUUGUAGGUAUGAUUUUAAUAAAUGAACUAGAAAUGUUGCAUUUUAAUUUGUGAUAGUAUUAUUAAUUUUAGCAGACUUGAAUCAGUAAGGAUACAUUUUAGAUGAAAGUUUUAGUUGUUAUGUUUGACAAUAGCUUUUAUUUUUCAUUGUCUGUUUAUUUCCUGUGAAUGUUCGAAACAGUGAAGGUGUUUGUUUGAGACUAUCGACAGUGACCUCAAACAAACACAGUCUGACUGAUAUACAAAUGUCUAAUAGUUCAGGUGGAGAAGCCUAUAACAGUUACACAGUUUAAUCCAUCUGGACCCUGUUCCACAAAGCUAUCUUAUCGCUUAGGUGAUCUUAACUCCCUACUUUAACAUAGACUUACAAUCAUUAAAUCGCUAAGAUUGCUUUCUGGAACGAGGACCAGAAGAUUCUUAAUUGUAUUACAGUUGUCAAGUUUAAAACUGGUUUCAUAGAUGAAAGCAUCUAUUCUGAGCACUUCCUCUUAUUGCCACUGCAUGUUCACUAUGCUUUCUUUAAGGAUAACUUCAGCUGCACUUACAGCAUCAUGUCACUUUCCAGGAAUAGAGCACAAUCUGAUUUUCACUUUCUCAUACAACUUGGACCAAAUUACCAACUUUAAUUCAGGUUUUUAGUUUUUGUAGAACAAUUUAUGUUCAAAUCUCCAAUAGAUUGUUUUACCUUGUACAUAUCAAUUUCUAGCAGGAAUUUUAUCUACACAAAAACUAGAUAUUCAUGUUAAAGGUGAAAAGAAGAUACAACACAAUCAAUUUGCUACCAUGAUCUUGUUGGGAACACUUGCGUAUGGAACAUGUUCCUCUGUGCCUAAGGACUCAUGUCAGUGUUUCUAUUGCUUCUGUGUAAGCAGAUGGGCAGCAUCUCCCCGUAGCAGUCAAUCUGUCUCUGUGUUGUGUUGCGCACAAGGUAUCAUAGCAUGCCGUACAUCUUUCAUGUGCAAUACAUUCAACUCAUUUCAUUUAUAAGGCAUAAGUGAGUUUUGUACAAUAUUCAGAAGAACUGUAUAUUUUACUAUUUUGUGAUAAUAAAUGCAAACAAAGUU